AUGUCGACGGAAAUUGAGAAGCAGAUUGAAGAGCAAGGCGGAAUUGUCCGUACGCUUAAAGCCGACAAAAGCGCCACCGAGGUAGCAAAGAAGGAAGCAAUUGAGAAGCUUCUCGCUCUCAAACUGGCGUACAAAGAGGCAACCGGCAAAGAUUACGCGGCUCCGGGAGCCCGGCAGCAAAAGCCGAAACAGGAGAAGCCGAAGAAGGAGGAGAAGAAGCAGCAGCAGCAGCCAAAGAAGGAGGAUGGCAAAAAACAAUCGAAAUUAGGAAUUGAGACGUCCAAAGAUGAGAAUUAUUCGGAGUGGUACUCGCAAGUCAUCACGAAAGCCGAAAUGAUUGAAUACUACGACGUCUCCGGAUGCUAUGUGCUUCGCCCGUGGUCGUACGCCGUCUGGGAAUCGAUUCAGGCGUGGUUCGACAAAGGGAUCAAAAAGCUCGGCGUGAAGAAUUGCUAUUUUCCGAUGUUUGUGAGUCAUGCGGCGCUCGAGCGAGAGAAGACGCACAUCGCCGAUUUUGCGCCGGAAGUCGCGUGGGUGACAAGAGCCGGCUCGUCGGAAAUGGCCGAGCCAAUCGCGAUUCGGCCAACAUCGGAGACGGUCAUGUACCCAAGUUACAAGAAAUGGGUUCAGUCUCAUAGAGACCUCCCAAUUAAACUCAAUCAAUGGUGCAAUGUUGUGAGAUGGGAGUUCAAGCAUCCAACACCAUUCCUGAGAACUCGCGAAUUCCUCUGGCAAGAGGGCCACACGGCGUUCUCGAACGCGAAAGACGCCGAGGCGGAGGUGUUCCAGAUUCUCGACCUCUACGCCGGCAUCUACACCGAUCUUCUCGCGAUACCGGUGGUCAAAGGCCGCAAAUCGGAAAAGGAGAAGUUCGCCGGCGGCGAUUUCACGACGACCGUCGAGGCGUACGUGCCGUGCAACGGACGCGGCAUUCAGGGCGCGACGUCGCAUCAUCUCGGCCAAAACUUCUCGAAAAUGUUCGACAUCUCGUUCGAGGAGCCGACGAGCGGCGAGAAGGCGUUCGCGUGGCAAAACUCGUGGGGAUUGUCGACGCGAACCAUCGGCGCGAUGAUUAUGAUUCACGGUGACGACAAUGGUCUCGUGUUGCCGCCGCGUGUCGCUUCAAUUCAGACAAUCGUGAUUCCUGUCGGCAUCACCGCACAGACGAGCGAUGAGCAGAAGGCGAAAUUGACCGAGACGGUCGAGACGAUCACCGCGAGGCUCGUCGACGCUGGCGUUCGCGCCGAAUCGGACUUGAGGGAUAACUACUCGCCGGGAUGGAAGUUCAACCAUUGGGAAUUGAAGGGUGUGCCGAUUCGCUUCGAAUUGGGACCCAAAGAUUUGGCGGCCGAUCAGGUCACCGCGGUCAUUCGAUUCAACGGCCAGAAGAAAGCGUUGCCAUUGGCGCGUCUUGCCGACGAGGUUCCAGCGCUUCUUGACGACAUCCACAAGCAGAUGUACAACAAGGUGCUCGCUGCUCGCGAUGCGCAUCUGAAGAAGACGACGUGCAUCGAGGAAUUCAAGCGAAUGCUCGACGACAAAUGCAUCAUUCUGGCGCCGUUUUGCGGUUUGCCGGACUGCGAGGAGGAGAUCAAGAAGGCGUCGACGCGCGAGGACGGCGAAGGAGCGCAGAUGGGCGCGAAGACGUUGUGCAUUCCGCUCGAGCAGCCGGACGAGCCACUUCCAGCCAAAUGCCUCUAUCCGACGUGCACUCAUGCGCCCAAGUUUUUCGCCUUGUUUGGAAGAAGUUAUUAA